GGGCCGAUGCUCCCCCGCCUGGGAGGGCCCCGGACGCCCGCGUGGGCGCUUCGCUGUGGAGUCUUAGCCGGCGGCGGCAGCGGCCGCACGGGCGGUCCUACUUCUGUCCGAGCGGCGCCCGCGCUCUUCGGCCCCAGCCCGGCCCUUCGUCCCCCAGCCAUGCCGCCGCCCGCGCCGCCCACGGAGCUGGUGCCGUCGGAACGCGCCGUGGUGCUGCUGUCCUGCGUGCUCUCCGCGCUCGGCUCGGGCUUGCUGGUGGCCACGCACGCUCUGUGGCCCGACCUGCGCAGCCCAGCGCGGCGCCUGCUGCUCUUCCUGUCGCUGGCCGACCUGCUGUCGGCUGUCUCCUACUUCUAUGGGGUGCUCCAGGACUUCUCGGGCCCCUCGUGGGAUUGCGUGCUGCAGGGCGCGCUCUCUACCUUCGCCAACACUAGCUCUUUCUUCUGGACCGUGGACAUCGCCCUCUACUUGUACCUCAGCAUCGUCCGUGCCACGCGUGGACACCGGGCUGGACUCCUGUUCUGGGCCUUCCACGUGGUCAGCUGGGGGGUUCCGCUGACCAUCACCGUGGCAGCUGUCAUUCUAAAGAAGAUUGGUUACGACUCCUCGGACGUGUCCGUGGGCUGGUGCUGGAUCGACCUGGAGGCGGAGGACCAUGUUCUGUGGAUGCUGCUGACCGGGAAGCUGUGGGAGAUGCUGGCCUACGUCACACUGCCCGUGCUGUACCUCCUCAUCAGGAAGCACAUCAACAGGGCGCACGAGGCGCUCUCCGAGUACCGGCCCAUCCUGUCCGAGGCCCACCGGCUCCAGCACCACAGCUCCAUGGCCGAUAAGAAGCUGGUCCUCAUCCCGGUCAUCUUCAUCUGCCUCCGGGUCUGGAGCACCGUGCGAUUCAUCCUGACCCUCUGUGGCUCCCCGGCCGUGCAGACCCCGGUGCUGGUCGUUCUGCAUGGCAUCGGGAACACAUUUCAGGGAGGUGCCAACUGCAUCAUGUUCGUCCUCUGCACCCGCGCUGUCCGGACUCGGCUCCUCUCUCUCUGCUGCUGCUGCUGCCCUCCCCAGGCUCCUGCAGAGAGCCCGGCGGGCCCACCCAAGGCUCCUGCACCCUCCAAGCCGGGGGACUCAGGGACCCUAGUGGACCCCCGAUGAACAUCCACAUACCUGAGCUCUUCCCCUCCUAGUUCUGUGUGUGGGUGCCCCCUCCCUGGGAGGGCAGGUGGCACUGAGUCCCCUGCAGGAAGUGGGUGGGGCUGCCUGCCACACCGGAAGCCUUCCAGCUGCCUUCUGUCUGAGCCGACAGGUGGAGGUGCGAUGGAGGUCUUCUGCUAUGGAAGCUCUUGGCCCUGUUGGCGGGGGCAGCUGAACACUCAGCUUCUUCUACCUCCUAGACUCUCAGGUGGCACGUGUGCACAUGCACCGGUGUCCCGCUGCACCCGAGGGGUCUGUCUGCCUGAGGGCUGGCAAUGAGAUUCGGGGAGACGGUGGUGUGCGAUCGCUGCCAGGUGUCCUUGUGGCUCAGUGGUCGUUGGCUUCCGAAGACCCACCCUGUGGGCAAAGCAGGACGAGAGAUGUCUCCCAGGUACCUGUCCUAAAUAAAAUGUCGGGGGUUAUCGGCGAUGUGGCCCCACCUAGA